UGUGGGACUAAGCAUAUGUCCAACCCCAUGCAGGAUGCAGCCUCUUACCGAUUAUUUUUCCCACAACAGCAAAUAUUUACACAAUAUCUCCCCCGCUCACAAGCCCACUCCGGGGCGCAGCGUUUGCAGCGCCGAGCAGAUUUCCCCCUCCAGCCAAGGAACGACCCCGCCUGCCCCAGCUCCCUCGCAGACGAGACCCGCGGCGCCCCGGAGCCGGGGGGCUGCGGGAGGGGGAAGCACCGCCGCGGCGAGGCGGGGCUGGGCGCAUGUGACCGGCGGCGGCGGCGGGGGCGGCCCCGGGGGGGCUGUGCCGCGGCGGGCAGGGCGGAGCGGAGCGGCGGCGCGCCGGGGCAUGCGGAGCGGCCGGGCCGCAGGCAGAUGAUGGCGAUACGCGAGCUGAAAGUGUGUCUGCUUGGAGAUACUGGGGUUGGGAAGUCAAGCAUCGUUUGUCGAUUUGUCCAGGACCACUUUGAUCACAAUAUUAGUCCUACUAUUGGAGCAUCCUUCAUGACUAAAACUGUGCCUUGUGGGAAUGAGCUUCAUAAAUUUCUGAUCUGGGACACAGCUGGUCAGGAACGGUUUCAUUCCUUGGCUCCCAUGUACUACAGAGGUUCAGCAGCAGCUGUGAUAGUUUAUGAUAUCACCAAGCAGGAUUCAUUUCAUACUUUGAAGAAAUGGGUGAAAGAACUAAAAGAACAUGGUCCUGAAAACAUUGUAAUGGCCAUCGCUGGAAACAAAUGUGAUCUUUCUGAUAUCAGGGAGGUUCCUCUAAAGGAUGCCAAAGAAUAUGCAGAAUCUAUAGGUGCAAUUGUUGUUGAAACCAGUGCAAAGAAUGCUGUUAACAUCGAAGAACUUUUUCAAGGAAUAAGUCGGCAAAUCCCACCCUUAGAUCCUCAUGAAAACGGUAACAAUGGAGCAAUCAAACUUGGAAAGCAGACUUCACAGACGGGUAGGCGGUGCUGCUGACCCAACUUGAUCUUUUUAGAUAUACUUGAAAAACAGCACCAUUUGCUUUUUGAUGGAGAAAGGACUUUGUGAUCUCAGUGACGUGGCUCCUUAUCUUGAAAGCAGUAAUUUCAAUACUUCCCAUGAGCAAUAACGCAAGGAUCAGAAGCAGAAAGCUUGACUUCAAAGGGAUUUUGCAAGACUGAGUUGGAAAAUCCUCUCUAAUAUCCUGUCAAAUUUACAGCGUCAAAGUACUCUGAUUCUCUGUUUAAGCCAAUGACUGUUUUUUUUAAUAAAAAGAUCUUUUUAUAUAUAGAUUUUAGAUUUGCUGCAAAAACUUCUUACAUUGCAAAGUGGACUUGGCAUGUUUUUAGAGUUUUCUCAGUAAUAAUAAGAUAAAAAAAACAACAUAAAACCUGAAUUUUGGCUUACAGUUUCUCUGCCAUCUUUUUAGCUGGACUCUACUUCUGUAUUUUUCUAUAGCUGUAGCUUCAUCUCACACUCUCAGUAAACAUCAGCAAGAAGUGGACUGAAUUGGCUGAAUAGAAAAAAAAAAAAUAAGGAUCUAAAGGAUGAGUGAGUGCAAUUUUUAAAGGCUAGAAGUCAAAAUCUGUGUCAGGAGGUGCUGUGUAUGUGAAAGAAGGAGUUGUCAUGAAGGACCCCAUGCAGUUCCCAGCGUGCUUUGGAAAGAAGUGAAGAUGCAGCUGCUGUGCUUUGCCUGGAUCGCUUCGUUAGUUACUGAAAUUGUAAAAAGAGCAUAAAUGCCAGCUUAAUAUCCACUGCUUACCAGGUUUCCUCCAAAUCUGUGCCCCAGGCUAUAGUUCUUUCUGCUCAAAGAUGCCACUUCCCUGGUUUGUAAAUGAGAGUGCCACACUGCCCCACUCCUUUGUGGUCUCACUGCAGCGCUCCAAGAAGCCUUCAAGUUGGAAGAAUGAUGUUUCUGUACAAAAACAGCUUAAGAGAGCACAAUAUAAUUUGGGGUUAAGGGCUGGAACCUAAUAAAACAAACCGGAGCGUUUCUUUACAAAUGCAGUUCUGUGAAUUUGUGGAGUCGCCUCUUCACCCACCUGGGGAUGAGGAAUGGAAGACACACUGCGUGAUACCUUUGAAGCUUGAUGCACUGGAAAAUACAGUGUAGAAAAAAAUAUGCAAUAGGUGGUUAUAAACUAAAAAUAAUGUAAAACUGUGUGUGUUCUCCACUUCCAUCUUUUAUGAAUGUGCACGACUGGGGUGGUAAAAUUUGAGUUUUUAUUGGAAUUCAAUUGGGAUUCAAUUUCAUUGGAAAUCGGAUCUAGGGUAAGAAUGCAGGCUUCGAAACCAAAGCCCAGCCUGCAUUCCACAACAUGAAUUUAUUCUCUUAUGAGGAAAAUUAAGCUCACUGCACAUUUGUUGGGGGACUUAGGAAGAGCAAACAAAAGGGAAAAACAACUUUCUACAAUAAAUCAUGAACAGGCAGGCUAGAGCUAGGUUACUGUGUUUAUGCGUUAAAACCAGACCUUAUUGCUUGGUUGUGAAAUCGCUUUGAUAAAAUAGUGCUAAUUCUUAGGGCUUGAAACAGAGCUGGAUGAAAUCAACAGGAACCUUUCUUUGUCUUCAGAAGGCUUGAAGUAGUUAUAGGUGGGAAAUGUCCCACCGGAUUUUAUCUAGGAAUUUAAGCUGCAUUGUUUUUUCACAUAUAAUCAAUUUCUCAGAUAUUUUAGACUCCUUUAAAAGCAUGCAUACUUGAAAAUAGGUCCUUGGAUAAUACACAGACUCAGACAGUUACCAUCAGAAAGGAUAUUUCGGGUAAACUUUCAGUUGUCACCUGUGCUGAUGUAUGAUCCCCGUCACCGCUUCAUUGCAGCAACUGUUUUACAGCUAAUCUGGGGUUAUUUAAGUGAAAAUUCAGCAAUCAUCAUUGUUAAUAGUUGGGGAAGGAGAUGGGCUCCUUCAGGGAACAUUUCACCCCAUCAUAGUACAGGUGGGUCUGCCAGGGGUGCCUGGCUCCUUCACUUGGCUGUGGAGGGAAAUGUUAACCUGGCCUUCAGCACUGAAGAAAUACAGAACUUAGCAACAUCACAGAUCCAUAUAAUUUACAGGAUCUAUGACUCAAUGCUGCAAGAGAUCUGGUUCUUCCUAAAUGAAACCCAGUAAAAGGUUAGACCAGUUAGCAAGAAAACAAGGCGAGAUCAAAACAACUUUUUUAAAGGUGUAAUAAAUUUUAGUUCAACAUAUAGUAGUUAUGCAUAACUGAUUUUUAGGCUUUCAUAAAUCUUUGUGGUAUAUUUUUUUUAAUGUGACAUCUCAAAACUCAUCGCAUGCUACUAGAGGUGUCUGAAAGCUUUGUAAGGCAAUUCUGCAAGUACCUUGUAUACUCUAAUUUCUGCUAGAGCUGGCAACUGAUGCUGAUCUGGAUGGAGUAGAUAUUGUCUUGAGCAACCAGCUCUCAGAGCUGGCAUUGAGCUGUAUGUGAAUCAGAACAGGUUUAUGAGUUAUAUGUUAAAGUAGUUUAACAUUGGAAGUUGUUACAAUGGAUCUCUGGCAGAUUUUAAGAUUCAAAUGCGGGCAAAGUAGGCUCAAAGAUACUUGUGCAUUUGGUGGUCCAAAUUUAAAUCAUCGUAUUCUGCUUUUUAGUCAAGAAAAAGCUUUAAAUGAAUAAGGAUUCUGACUAAGUUCUUGAGGUUUGGGUUACGGUGAGCUGCAGCAGGGAUCGCUGAGUCACAGGUGAAAAAAUAACAGGCCGCUGUGCUGUGCAGAGCCGCUCACAUUUUAUUCAAAGACAGGGUUCACCUUUGCUGGUGAUGUUCCCUCUCUGCUGUCCGUCAAACCUAAAGCGCAGCUUUAAUCUGCCUCUUCAAAUGGAGGAACAGUUUGUUUCUAAAAUUAUUAUCUUCAAAUGUAAAAUUCACUAUUUCUGCUUCCCGUUGUUGCUUGGAAAGCACAACCGUUGUUUAUAAACAGCCAGAAGAAUGACAUACCAAAAAAAAACCAAACUUGGAGUCAAAAGUUUCAGCAACAACCAGAAUUCCUCUUAGUAGUUAACAAUGGUUGGUGAAAAGCUGAAUUACUGUACAGGAGCACCUGACUCUGUAGCUGAUCUGCUCUAGUAAUAACGCUGCAGUGCUAGGUUGGUGCAGCUGGUGCUGGAUUCAUGCGAGAUGGGUUUUCUCAAGGGAGCCGUCAGCAGGACUGACACACGGGCUGCAGUGCCGAGGGUGUUUGGUGGAGCUGGUUUGCACCGUAACUCAAGACUGUGACUGCCUGGUUGGGGGUGACUUGCUUUUCUGGCUUAUCAUGAACUAGUUUUAAAAACAAGAUGAUGAAGGAACUAGUUUUCAUAUAUGCUCUGCAUAUGUGUGUGUAUAUAAGUACAGGUUUAUGUUGUUUAUGCUGACACAUAGUGUUUUUUCACUAUGUCUGUUUCUGAUAUACUGCACAUUGUAUUCUGUAAGUACAUUUUUUUUUGUUAAUGGUCAUUUCACCUUUAUGGACUUAAAGUUACGGAUCAAAGGUAGCGAGAAGAUGGACAUACAAAUAGGUACAAUUGUUGACUUGCCAUUCUUACGCAUGAAAAUGGCAUAUGAUAGAAAAAGCUUGUUUGCAGACUGAGAAAUCUAAAAAAGGCCAUUAUUCAAGAAUUGGGACUCAGAAGUAAUAAAAUUACACUAAAAAAAAAAUUUUGUUCAUGGUACAGAAGGUACAUAUGAAGUGCUACAAUGUAACAGGGGUUUGUAUCAAUACCUAGAAGAGUUACCUGUCAUCCCUUGUCUUCACUAAUCCUUCAUGGCACGCAGUCAUAAGCGUGACCAGAUAGAUUAUACAUGCGAGUAUUCUGACUGUAAUCAGACCGUUUCAGUACAGUGAUGAUAUAUUUUACUAUCCUAUCCUUAAUUAUUUAAACCAGAGUCAGUAAUAAAUUGUACAUUUAAAAUCACCUGCUAAGUACUCUGUUUUGUUUAUAUAAGGGCUUUGACUGGGCUGGACCCACUCGCUUCAUGUAUGGGAUGCUGCAAUCUGUUCAUACUUUUACCUUCUGUUUUACAUAUUAAUUGUAGCAUACCUAAUAAUAUUUUUUGCCCUAAAAUGUAGUUUUUGUGUUUUAUUGAACCUACCAUGAUUAAUGCUAAUAAAUGUUUUAAAUACCUCUGA